AUGCAAGCUCCGGUGGUGGUGAUGAACACCAAUGCUGGCGACCGACAGGUUGGUCGCCGGGCACAGCUUUCCAACAUUACUGCUGCCAAGACUGUUGCCGACAUCAUUCGGUCAUGUCUCGGUCCCAAAGCCAUGUUGAAGAUGCUGCUUGACCCAAUGGGUGGUAUUGUCCUGACUAACGAUGGCCACGCUAUCCUCCGAGAGAUCGAGGUGUCGCACCCUGCGGCCAAGAGCAUGAUCGAGCUCAGCCGUACCCAGGAUGAGGAGGUCGGAGACGGAACCACAACUGUCAUUAUCUUGGCUGGUGAGAUGCUCGCUCAGGCACUCCCUCAACUCGAACGCAACAUCCACCCCGUCGUUAUCAUCUCCGCAUUCAAGCGCGCCCUUGCCGAUGCCCUUACAAUUGUCGGAGAGGUCUCCAGACCCGUUGACAUUCACGACGAUAAGGCCAUGGCCAGCCUUAUCCAGGCCUCCAUUGGCACGAAGUUCGUUUCGCGGUGGUCCGACCUGAUGUGCAAUCUGGCAUUGACCGCAGUGCGGACAGUUUCCUUUGACGUUGGUGGUGGAAAGCAGGAGGUUGAUAUCAAGCGCUACGCUCGUAUUGAGAAGAUCCCCGGUGGUCAAAUCGAGGACUCCGAGGUCAUCGACGGUGUCAUGGUCAACAAGGAUAUUACUCACCCCAAGAUGCGGAGGAGAAUCGAGAACCCCCGUAUUCUUUUGCUCGACUGCCCUCUGGAGUACAAGAAGGGAGAGUCUCAGACAAACAUUGAGGUUUCCAAGGAGGACGACUGGAACCGCAUCCUGCAAAUCGAGGAGGAGCAGGUUAAGCACAUGUGUGACGCCAUCUUGGCAUGCAAGCCCGACGUUGUCAUCACCGAGAAGGGUGUUUCUGAUCUUGCACAGCACUUCCUCAUGAAGGCCAACAUCACCGCUCUCCGCCGGGUGCGGAAGACAGACAACAACCGUAUUGCCCGUGCCACCGGCGCUACCAUUGUUAACCGUGUCGAUGACAUCCAGGAGUCGGAUAUCGGUACUCGCUGUGGACUGUUUGAGAUUGAGAAGAUUGGUGAUGAGUACUUCACAUUUAUGCGCAAGUGCGACUCCCCUAAGGCUUGCACCAUCCUGCUACGUGGCCCGUCCAAGGAUAUCCUGAAUGAGAUCGAGCGCAACCUCCACGACGCCAUGGGAGUUGCACGUAACGUCAUCUUCAACCCCCGUCUUUGCCCCGGUGGUGGUGCCGUCGAGAUGGCUGUUUCCGUGAAGCUAAGCCAGCUUGCCCGUUCCAUCGAGGGUGUCCAGCAGUGGCCCUACAAGGCCGUUGCUGACGCCAUGGAGGUCAUUCCCCGCACACUGGCCCAGAACGCUGGCGCUAGCCCCAUCCGUGUUCUGACUCGCCUGCGUGCCAAGCACGUCGAGGGCCACAACACCUGGGGUCUGGAUGGUGAUUCUGGCAACCUGGUGGAUAUGAACGAGUACGGUGUGUGGGAGCCUGAGGCUGUCAAGCUCCAGAGUAUUAAGACCGCGGUCGAGUCCGCGUGCCUGCUCCUCCGUGUCGACGAUAUUUGCAGCGGCAAGUCGGCUCAACAAGUUGGCGCCCCCGGUGGUGGCGAGUAA